CCCAAACUCACAAAGGCGAGAAUUGGGCUGAACUGAACGCCAUUUUCUGUACAUACUUUAAUCGGCUAAAAUGCGCCAUCUGUCUCUGCCGUGCUUUACUUUUGGCGCUACCAAUUGCCGCUCCGUCAACGACCGCAGAAUCGGCUUAUCCGCCGGGUCCAGCAGCAGCAAAAGGGUUGAAAUCAGAGCCAUGAGAGCCGUCGUCCAGCGGGUUGCCUCCGCCAGCGUCGAGGUUCUCAGUUCUCAAUCUUCUUCCGUUUCUCUCUUUCUCCUCACUUCUUCGUCUGACUGCCGCCGAUUGCAGGUGGAGGGGCGGCUCGUUUCGGAGAUUGGUCCGGGCCUUCUCGUUCUCGUCGGAGUUCAUGAGUCCGACACCGAUUCCGACGCCGAUUACAUAUGCCGGAAAGUGUUGAACAUGAGAUUGUUCACGAACGAGACCACCGGCAGAGGAUGGGACCAGAAUGUAAUGCAGCAGAACUAUGGAGUUUUACUAGUUAGCCAAUUUACAUUAUAUGGAGUUCUGAAGGGGAACAAGCCAGACUUCCAUGUCGCAAUGCCACCCCAGAAGGCCAAACCAUUCUAUGAUUCGUUAGUUGACAAGUUCAGGAAAUCAUAUAAUCCGGACGCCAUUAAAGAUGGCAUAUUUGGGGCGAUGAUGAAGGUAAGAUUGUACUACCCUAAGUUAUGUUGAUUAUUCUUUGAAUGUUCUGAAUUCGACCGAUUUGGCCUGUCGAUGUUUGAAUCACUCUGGUUUUAUGGAAUACAUAUCUUUGUUGGAUGGUGUUGAAGGUUAACUUGGUGAACGAUGGUCCAGUUACAAUGCAGCUCGACUCGUCUCAGACUCAAACCACUAAGGCUACAAAUAUGAAGGAAGCGGAGCAAUCAUAAAAAGCUUUGGACUUUUGCUGCUUUAAUUUCAGAAGUAGGAUGCCAGGGCAGCUGCCAUUUUGAUUCAGUAUACUAAUGUUAAAAUUUAUAAUACUUGGAACAAAAUGCAUAAUCAUCUUCAAUCCUACUCUUGCAUUACAAAGAGCAACCAUUUGUAGUGCAAAUAUAUAAAUAAUUAUUACUUCUAUGCUCUAUCUAAGGAGCGAGGGCAGGUUCAAUCCAACCACUCAAAUGAAUUUCACAAGAAGAUUGGAAGUCCUCCAUGGCUUCCUCAAAGUCAUGAAAUGUGUGAUAUCCCUGCGUAUCUAGUGAAUAAAACACCACGUUUUGCUGCUUAGCGGAUACUUUAGGAAAGUAGAUCUUAUUCCCCAUUCCGGUAAUCUUUUCCACAGUGGAGAAACAUGCUGUCCUGCUGACAAACAACGCAUGUGAACCCAAAUUCUCUACUUUCAGCCAUCCUUUAUGUUCUUGAUUGAAUCUGUAAACUUGGACCAACUUGCCAAAAUCACUCACCAAUAUUGCGAGGAUUUCGCCUCCGCACUCCACCAGGUACUCCAAUUCGAAUCCGUGCACGUCACAAGGAUCUUCAAUCGGCUCACCAGCAUUAUUCAUUAGCUGCCAAUCAUAUACAUCCCACGUCCAUUUGAACUCGCCCUCAUCUCCAUGACCCGAGCUAAAAACUCCCAGUCUCCUUUCUCUAUCCAAGAAGUAGAACUUAUCAUCUACAGAAAUUGGAGUAUUGUGAUAGCUUGGUUGAAAAUCCUGCUCGUCGGCUUCAAGGAAAAAAUGCAGCUGUUGAUCGUCCAAUCUCAUGAAACUCAAGAUUACACCCUUUUCAAAGCCUUCACACAGUUCAAUUAUGCAGCAGUCUGGAGAAGUAGGUGGUGCUGAGACCCCAAAGAUUGACGGGAAAGGAAGGGGUAUCAUCUCAGCAACAGAGAGAGCUUCCUUUGUAAAAGGGUUAUAGAAUGUAAUGUGAAGCCUCAAUGGUAUAUCUGAAUCCAAGUCUGGAUUUGGUAUGCGCUUCGUCAUCCCCAUGCCUAACCAACAUUCCUUUGAAAACACAACUUCUGCAUCUGAAAGGGACUCCGGAAAUUGUUUCUCGUGUGUAUGCCCAUGCAUCAAGUCCAGGAAAUUGAGGUUGCCUUUGUAGUGCUUGAAGUAGAAAAGCCAUGGAUAUGGUGGAGGCGAAAGGGGUAUGGCUGAGUUAAGUGUCCUGCAGCAGUUGCGGAAGUUUCUAUAGUCAACCAAUCCUUUUGCAAUGUUGGCAAGGAUGUCGGAAGGAAGCUUCAAUAUCAAUGCCCUCUGCUUCUCCUCCUCCACCAUUUGGGUUUCACACUGUGCUUCGGCUUCUGCUUCCUCUACAUCUUUUUCACUAGUAGUUUCAUCAAAUAAGCCGCAUUGAGGAGUAGUUUGAUGAGCUGUUGCUCCGUAGCUGAGGAAGGCGACAUGGGGUAUUGGUUCAUCGUCUUCGUCAUCGUCGGUGAGCUCAGUCUGUCCUUCUGAAUGCGCAAGCAAAGGAAACUGUGAUGACUGGCCUCUCUCCACAUCAAAAGCGAAAAAUUUCCGGAAGUUGUCUCCACCAAGGAAGAAGUAAAUGCAAUUGGGUUUUGUUCCGCUGGUGGCGCAUGGACAAGAGAAAGAGCAUCUGUUGGGACUAAUGAAGAUUGCUCGUCCAUUCAAUGUAUUGACUUGUACCCAACUCAUAGACGACUUGUCCAAUUCAUAAACCAGCACAAACUCCAGCUCUUUGUCACUAAAUUUGCGAUAGCACACAAUUACCCAGAGGAGCUCCCCGCUUGAUUCAACCAAGUUCCAGUUUUGUGAUCCUACGGUAUAAGGCAGAGACAAUGGCCCCUGGUCAACGAGAAUCUUACCCACGAGAGUGUUGUUGGCAUCCAUUGUAAUCUCGACCAAUUGGCUGUUUCCUGUGACGGCGUAUAAGCUUCCUCUGCAAAGCACAAGACCGCAGAACGCACCAAACUCUUCGGAGAAAGUUUGCACGGUCCAUGUAUCAUCUGCUCCGCCGCCUGGUUUGCAAUGCGCGAGUUGUGGGGUUUCAUUGUCUGCGAUUACGACUCUGCAGUUGGGAUCGGUUGGUGGCAACGUAAGUUCGCCUCUCUCGAACCUACCGGUCGAAUUAAUCAGACUCGGAAGUCGGAUUGUUUCGAGAGUGAUAGGGUUCAGCAAAGAGAAUUCUGUAGCCGUAUCGUCGAUUUCUCUUCGGAGGAUCAACCAGCCGUAUUGUGAGUAGCCUAUAAUAAGAUUGUCGACCAACUCCGGGAUUCGACAGCGAUGGACAUGUUUAGGGUUUGAGGUUGAAUAGAAAAUUUGGCUCUGACCUUGGGAAAAAACGAGCCAUGGUGCGUCCAUCACCGGUAGAGCGUGGUAAUGAUGGACGGGCUUCUUCUUCGCUCAUGAUUUGAUUCCUCUGUCAAACUACUACUACGAAAAAACCCUCCAAUACCCGAUAGGUGUAUUUGAUUAUUUGAAUUACU